GGUUGCAUGUACUCUGUAUAGUUUUAAUUUUUGACUUUAAGAUAAAGUACACUUUUAAUUUUUGGUUUUGAGAUAAGAUACAUAAGAGUUAGCCACCUAAUUGAAAUAAAUAAGGUGCAGUGGGAUGAUAAGGUAAGUUAAUACACACCCCACAACCAUCUUUGGCUCUCUGUAUUUUGCAAUUUGAUGUUUUCUUCAAUAUUUCAAUAAUUGAUUUUGUAUUUCAUUUCAACAGAACUAUUUAAUUAUACAUAUAGCAUAUUCACAUUUAGGUAAAAUAUCAGUCUUUUUGUACGAGGAUGUGUUCACUUUAAAAAACAAAUUGCAAAAUACCUGAAUAUUCUUACAUGUGAUAGCAUGUACUUAGAGUUCAUUUUAAUAAGAAUAAGUGAAACAUAACAUUUGAAAUUCUUAUAUCGUACACAAUGUUUAGAUUCGACUUUGUUACAACUUUCCUAUUUAAAUGAACUCUGUCCUAGUUAUUAUUGAUACAUGUACAAUAAAUGGACAGAGGGAUUCUACUAAUUACGAUCCAGUCUAUUAACACCUGUACGGCCUGUUUUUUAACAUGUACGUAAGUGAAUCAAUUGUUGUGUAGCACUUAACGCACAGCAACAGGUAUUUAAUCCCUCUGUUCAAUUGAGAACCAGAUGUUUACAUGUUGUCAGUAUCAAUAUCCCACGCUUACGUGAAGGCACAAAAUGCCGCACACGGCUAACAAUAGGCCGACCAAAAAUCACAAACUAAUAUUUCGUAAGCUAACGUCACGACAUAAUAGACGCUUGGUGCAUAAUAAAAGUGUCACCAAACCGUUAUGAUUCGUAAAAAGAGAAAAAAGAAAAGAGAAUCAAAUACCGUUUCUUGUCGUCUUCGUGCUUUCCAAUGCCUACGCUUUUACAUUAUCGUCAGGACCACAGUAACAUUUAGUAUAUCGGUUAGUCUGUAAGUACUAUCGUUCUGUUAAUUGCGCACAAAACCCGCUGAUAAGCCGUGUGGUGUUCUUGCCACGAGUUCGGUUUCAAUCAAUACCACUUGUGGCUGGCAUUUGUGUUAGGUGCCGGUCCAAAACAAUCGAGUGUUUUACGAACAAAAAUAAGUUCAUUUAAAACGAAAGAAAAUAAAAUAAUUAGAGUAAUAAUUAAUCGAGAUGUGACGAAGAAUCGAAGAAUAAUCAUCGUAUUGAGAAACAUGAAGAGGACUUCAGACAAAAUUUUAUUGAAGGUACGAGCUUGACCACCUCAACUCGCGCGGUAUCUUUAUCUACGACAAGGAAUCGGUCGUGAUGAAAAAAUGGCAGAUCCUGGAGUUUGACGGGAAGCCGUACUACGCGUUUGUACCUGAAGACGACACGCCAUUGGCUGACGAGGAUAUUCCCGAACAGAUGGAUGAGAUAGGACACGAGGAUGGAAAACAGGAUCUUGUCAAAGUCGAAUGUCUUUACAACGAAGAUGAACUACAGUACGAUUCGACGGACGAAAAAUUAUACGAGGAUGAAGAUCUUUUAAACAGAAGUGCAGAGCAGAAGGAAGAAGAAGACGUGAAACCGAUAAUCCUAAACGGCACGAUUGACGAAGAGAACGAUAAAACGAUUGGAGAUAUUUAUCAGGUGAAAGUUCAGGGUAGUAUGGUCACUAUAGAGAAGCUAACAUCCGGCGACAUUGAAGAGGCGAAGGAAGUGGUGGAGUAUCAAGAAGUGGAACAUGAGGAGCAAGAGGUGCAAGACGUGUAUAACGAUCAAGAGCAGUUGGAACAGAUAGAUCAAGUAGAUCCGGAUGAUCCGGAUCAGAUAGAACAGGUGGAAUACUUGGAGGAAGAGACCUUGGAGUUGCCGAAUAAUCAUGUGACACCAACGAAGACGCGUAGGAAAAUUUCCAGAAGUCCGGCCAGCGCACUGAAAUGCAAACUCUGCUCGGAGAUGUUCAGCUCGGCCAUUUCGUUCAGGAAACAUGUGGCAUGGACGCACAAGAAGAAGGUGUGCAUACAGGAAGAUGGCGCGUAUAUCUGCGCGGUUUGCGAUUACAGGACGCUUAAGAAGAGUCUUUUUGCGGCACACUUGGAAAGGAAGCAUGAAACUUGGUCCAGGAAACGACCCAAUAACAUGUUAUUCCCUUGUGCUGCCUGUGGCUUCGUGUGCAGAUCGAAGCACUCGUUGCAAUCGCACUUUAUUAGAAAACACACCGAUCGGUACGAGCAUCAGUGCAAGUUUUGCCCAAAGAAGUUCAAAGUGAAAGGCGACUUGACCAACCACAUACGGUUUCAUCAUAAAGAAAAACCGAUUAACUGUCCCGUGUGUGGAAAACUAUGUCAGAAUACUGGCUCUCUUUACGUACACCAGAAAUGGGCACAUUUUAAACCUAAGUACGAGUGUCAUAUAUGCAAACGACGCAUGGUCACACAGGAAAAUCUCGACCAACAUCUGCUAACGCAGCACGAGAAAAGGGAGAAGAUAGUAUGCGCCGAAUGCGGAAAAACGUUUACUAAAAAAGAUUCUUUUAAAAGGCACAUGGCAGUGCACACAGGCUGUAAGCCACAUUCCUGUCUAAUCUGCAACAAACCAUUCGCGAGGAGGUCUCAGCUGCGUCAACAUUUGCUCAUCCACACUGGGAAGAGGCCUUUCGUCUGCGACAUUUGCGGGAAAGCAUUCACGCAGAAGCCUGGUCUGAUCUGUCAUAGGAAAACUCAUCCUGGACCUCAUCCUCCUUUACCUGUGAUGCCAAUUGCGGAUAUCGUGAAAGAGUUCACCGAAGGUUACGUACAGGAGAUAAGCGCACGUGAAAACGAGGAGAGGAUCGAGGAGGAAGCGUAGAAUUGUUCCAAAUUUGUUGAUCUUUCGAUUUAAGCAAGCGUUUCCUUUGAUACUUAAUCAACAAACGUUUCGAUCGCUAGGAAGAUGGUGCGAUUUUGUUGAAUUUCGCAUAUCGAGACAAAUAUUGCAUAAGAGAAUUUUGGUUUUAAAUUAUGAAAUAUUAGACGAAUAAGCUUCGAUCGUAAAGGGUCGUGGAAUGUACGACGAAGUUUUCGUUUCUGCUCGUCGUUGAAGGAUAAAUUGCAAGUACGUUAAUCAGUUGCACAUUUUCUAGCGAAUAUUCGUUGUAUUAUCGAUAAACUAGCGCUAGUGAUUCUGUAGUAAUACUCGUGUUCCUACGAAUAGUAUCGCGUUUCUUUGGAAUCUAAGAAAAUAUUAGUAUAUUUCAAAUAUUAAAAUAAUCUUAAUGCAGGAUAUUAGUGAUUCUUGAUUUCCUUGUAAUUCUUUCAUAUCCACACCACAAUUUAAAAUUAUGAUUUUUUGAAAGAGUAAUUAUUACGAUAAGCAUUAUCUAUAACUACUUUUCUUAUUCGUAGAUUAUAAAAUUUGUAAAUUUUCGAAUAUGAUUAUCGAUAACUAACCCUGUAUCAUAAUCGUUAUUUCAGCGAUUUGUCGAACACUUUCAUUCCCAUAUAUUAUUAACCUUUCGUUACGCCCUAUCCUGUUCUUUAUUAACAUCGUGGUACUUUUGGGUACAUUUUCUCCAUCCCGAAAUUUUUUUCAUGUCCUUGAUUUUUAAAAAUUCAAAGUUGACGAAUAGUCGAAACGGACAGAUUUUUUAAUACAAUAUAUAAUUUUUUAUACAAAUUUUAUAUAAUAGCAAUUUGAACACUGUCGGGACAUUCGAACGAAAGUGAAAUUUCGUUUGUAUCUAAAAGGACUAAAAGGAAGGUUAAUAUUAUUAAUGAAAAAAUCAGUACAGAGUUAUUUGUAUAAGUUGUAUAAAAUUGUAAUCAUUGUUUGCGAUCAACUGUAUACUUCAACAACGAGUAAGAGCAAUAUUUUCUCACCCUGAUUGUUCGACCCGAUUGGUCGAAACAACUACAAGGUGCGAAUGAUAGAAUGCCAGAAUACUUUGUACACCAUCGAGGUUGAAAGAUUAAAGACACUAGAUUGAUUAAUAAUUAUUUUUAGACGUAUCGCGUGUAACUAUAAGUAUAGAGAUGUAAGAUGUAUAAUAUAAUAACAGUCUUGUAAAUUGAACGUGAGCAAAUAUGAAACGAGAAACGAAAGAGUAUAAGAUUCCUUUCUAAGUUUUCCUUUCAGUUUAUUAAAAAGUCUUAAUCGGCUUCUAAUCAUCAAGAUAAUACUAUAUCUUAACUUAAUUUUUAGUUGAACAAAUAUUUAAUUGGUUCAAUUGUUUGAGAAAAAUUAUAACUCGUAUUAUUAUUAUUAGCAUAAACAUGCAAUAACGAAAUAAACGUUUCCUGAGCUGGAUGUAAGAGAAAUCGCAUACUAAUUAUGUAACAUCCUUUAAAAUAUUAAAUUUCCAAUUAGCGAGCAGAUAAAGUGGUGUUGCUUCAUCAUUAACGAUAUCGAAUAAAAUUAAAAACUGACUACGCAAGAAGCGCUAGUUUCCUUUUGUUAAUUAUAAUAUGCUAUGAUUGCCCUGAAUUAUAGGUGAUAUUAGUGUUAUUUCAAUACAGUGUGAUAAAUCGGUAAAAUAAAAAAAGAAACUCGAUCAUGUUCUAUCUCGUUAAAAGCUUUUUUCUUACGCAUUGUACUAAGAACGAAGAUAUUUCACAAUUCCUCGAUGAACAUCCUCGUGUUGUUUUAAUGUAUAUCGUGAACCUUCGGUCGUCAUUCACGCGAAAUCGUUGAUGCGUUCGCGUUGUGAUAUGUCUUAAUGACACUAAUUCUAUUCGCGAGAGCUAGUCCUCCUAAGAAUAACUGUAAUAUAACGUAACAUGGUAAUAUGCUCCGUUUCACUCUAUAUGUAAACGCUCUAUAUGCAAUUGUCCAAGGGACAAGCGUAAAAUCCGUGAGAGAAAGGAAGCUCGCGCGGUAGAAAGCACGCCUACGACGGCUAUUUUUCUAAAAAUCAAUAGCUUAGUCUAAUACUUAAGGAUACUUAUGCGCUGUGUAUAGCUUUGAGUUUGAAAUAAAUAUUUUUACUGAA